AUGGGUUGCGUCCUACUUCUGCUGCUGCUGCUGCCAACAGCAUCCCUGAAAGCUGGUUACUCAGCAGCAUGCAGCAAAGGCUACCUCUAUGGGGUCUCCCAACCAGAACACCUCGAGGCCCCCAAGGGUGACUCCAUUACAAUCUCCUUCACCUUCUGUUACUCCUGGGUGUUAGCCAAGAAUCCCGACGUGAGCAUAUCCUGGAGACGUAAGGAGUUCCAUGGGCCAUUUUUCUACAACCACACCACAUCUUUUAUCCAUGAGGAUUACAAAAACCGGCUGUCUCUGAACUGGAAAAAGGGUCAGAAUUCCGGCUCCCUCAUCAUCCAGAACCUGCGGGAGGAGGAUGAGUCUACGUACUUCUGCCGAGUCCAGCUGAAUACGAAGGAAGGCACAAAGCAGUGGCAGUCCGUCAAGGGGACCACAGUUUCCAUCACCCACAUUGCCAAGACCACCAUGCAAACUCCCAUCAGCAAAACCUCCAAAACCACGACUGGCAUAGAGGUCACAGAGAGCAAAAAGAGAUCAGGGUCUCAGCCCCUGAGUCUGGGAGCUGCAGUAGGAGUGGCACUGGCCAUUGCUGUGUUUGUAACUGCAAUUUUGGCAUUGAUGGUCUUCCUCAGGUGGAAGAGAAGAAGAGAUCAGCCUACCAAAGCCCAAAGCCCAGCCAGUGAACGCUUCUCAAAUACUGAGGAGCAAUAUGAGAAUGUUGAGUAUAGAGGACACAACAUACACUUGAAAGUGAAACCUGAGGAAAGCAACUCAAACUUGGCCCUGAAGGAGGAAGACAACAUUGUCUAUGCCUCCCUUUCCCUCUCCAACUUGACCUUGCCAGGAGCAGCUCCUAGCCACACUCUUCAUGGGGGCUCCCCGGAAAAGAGCCUAUAUUCUGUUCUGAAGACCUAAAGAGUGGGGUUGAAAUGAUGAUCUUAGAUUCAACUAUGCUUAGGGCUGGAGUUGUGGCU